UCUGUUAUAUUUUAAAUUGAUUGAAAUCCAAUUCUUAAAUAUAAACUUACUGUAAAAAAAAUAAUAUAUAUAUGAAAAUAAUCCAUUAUGAAAAUGAUGGAUCAGACUAACCAAAGUCUUACAGUAAUUGGGAGUGGCGGAGGAAACAUAACCGACGCCGCGAACGUCGUAAACCCUUCUUUUGUCAACACUCUCGUCACACAGAGCGACUUCAGCGCGUGGAUGGGAAUGUAUUCGUGCGUGGACAUCAUCCUCUCGACAGUGGGCAUCAUCACGAAUGUCGUCAACAUCAAAACUUUCCUGGCCAUGGGGGCCGACGACGGUGUCACUGUGUCCUUCCUGUUCCUCUCGGCGUCCGAGCUGCUCUGCUGUCUGGACGCACUUGGCCAGAAGCUGUCCAUGGCGCUGUGGACGACGGAAAUGGCGUCGGGCUACAGGAUAUGGUUCUACGUACAGCCGUACGCCUUCAACAUAUUCUUCGGAAAUAUCCGGACGUGCCUCUUCGCGAUGCCCGUGCUGAUCACCACGUACCUCGCGGUGGCCAAGUGCAUGUGCGUGGUCAGACCGCUCAGCUUCAAGAACGUGUUCUCCGUGUCGAGGACCUUUCGCGUCAUGAUCGGGAUCUGCGUCUUCUCCCUCCUGACGUACGUCCCGAUGUUCACCACCAUGGGGAUCGUUGAGAAGUUCGACGCGAACGUCAACGCCACUCGGCGCCUGAUCUGGUUCGCGCCGUUCCGGGACCUGGUGAAGAACAUCACGUGGAACGCCAGGGACUCGUUCCUCGCCAUCGCCUCCCAGAUCAUCCUCGUCAUCUGCGUUGUCGUCAUGGCGAAGGCGCUGUCCGACGCGGUGGUCACGCGGGACAAACUGAAGAACGGCACGCUGUCCGAGAAGACGGAUUUGAGCCACGGUAAACUCCCGAACGACGCGAAGACGGCGAGCAGGCUCAGUGGCAAGGAGCUGCAGGUCAUCAAACAGGUGACCCUCAUCUCGGUCAUCUACAUAGUGGCCAACACGCCCAAGAUUAUCGUUUUUCUGGCGGUCGCCGUAGUACCGGAAAUGGCUCCGGGUGGGUUGUAUCAAAACCUCUACGAGGUCAUCAUCAAAGGGAGAGAACACUUUGAGUUGUACAUAUCGGCUGCGAAUGUUUUCAUCUACUACAAGUACAACACAAAGUUCAGACAGUGUUGUAAAUGUUGAAUGGUCAAACAAUUAUAG